AUGUCUGAUCAAACUCGUCAACUGUCUACCGUGCUAGACACGUUACUUCGUCAGCAGUCGGAGGGUGAGACGCAGGACUCCAAUUCGCUCAACGCACUUCUUAGCAGCGUUUUGCCGGCGUAUUCAAAGAGAUCAUUGACCCAAGAGGAACAGGACGUUGUUCUGAAAAUAUUCCAGGCAGUCCAUCUAUUGACUUCCAGAAGCCCCCCACUACUGUUCGAUAACAAUAGGUACAAAUCCGUGAUCCGGAGUUACAAGAACUUCUACGAUGCUCGUUAUCACGGAUCAUUAUUGGCAACCAUGGCGAGCAAAUCCUUGAAGCAGAUAAUCAGCGACCAAUUCAGAGGCAGGUUAGCAUCGAGCAUCCAACUUACCGCUUUGAGAACGGAGCUCGUAGAUAUAUUGGUUGAGAAUCUUGAUUAUGUUCUCGAAAGUAUUACAAAUUCAACUUCUUCAAAACCAAUUGAUCUGGAUUCGAUAAGCACUACCAACGACUACAAAUUCUCAAAACUCAGCAUCUCGACCCGAAUACUUGAACUUCUUCUGGACCCAUCGCUGGAAGAUGCUUUACUUUUGCAUUCUCAAAAUCCAUUGAGCAUAGACACAUUUAUAGGCAGGCUUUGGUUCUGCAUGGAGAAUGUGGUUGUUAAUCUCAAGUUUAACAACGAAUCUCUAGGAGAAACUUCAGAUAUCCUAUCGCAGACAUCUGUUGAUAUGAUUGUCAACAAGUUCGAUAUCUUGUAUGCCGUGUUGCUCAACUCAUCAGUCAAAUUCGUUUGCAACGAUCAUUUCCAUCAGCAUACUAGACUAGAUACAGUCCUUUCUAAAUGCAAGGAAUUGCUGGGAUGGCCCUUACUUGCUAAAUUUUCGGUUCUUCAGACCACAUUGGCAGAAUCGUUGAUGAAGUUGUUCAUUCUUUGCAAAGAACAAGACAACCUUUGCUACUUAUGGAACAAGCUAGGCAUUAGUUCAGACAAGCUUGCCGAAGAAAACUUGCCCACAACUUUGAGUCCCGACUUGUCCAUAGUGUUUCAUCUUUUCCUGGUUCUCAAUUACAAGCUACAAGAUACCCACAAGAACCAAGAAGCACCUCUUCUGUCCAAAAACCACGUCAAAUCACUGGAAAUAGCAUUCCGCUAUUUCUCUACGGAAAAGCUCGACAAUAUUCGAAACGAUCUUCUUCUUUGCGCUUUGGAAGACGAAAUGGAACCCGAUGUUGACGUGUUACUUCCUUUGACGAACUCAAAAGCCAUGGUCAGUUUGCUGGACCCUACCGAUCGAAUCUCAAAAGCUAAGAGCGUCUUGCAUAUCACUCAUAAUUCUGGUCCUCAAGUAGUCGACCUUACAUCAAGUCUCUACUCCCAAAACUCGGUUUCAGACACGAAUAUACGCUCCUGGAUAGAGCAACUGAGACAAUUGAUUAGAACCGGCGAAUUCGAUAAACUGAACAACACUUCUAUCGGUAAGAUCCUCAUUGUGAACGCGAUCGGAAAUUAUGCCUGUUUGGUAGCAGGCGAUUUUGAUUACAAGGCUCAAGUUUGUCGUAAAUGCACCUAUUCAUCUUCGGAGUCUGUAUACAUACCAGACGUGGUCGACCCCAAACGUCCUGCUAUCAGUUCGCGCCCCGAGAUGAAACUGGCGUUUGAGAUAUUGAUGGAUUACUACAUUUCUGAUCCCGCAUCUUUGAAUAACGAGCAACUGAUCGUUUCCAUUUUAAUAUCGCUCCACCGGAUUUUGUGCUCUUACAGAUCGCCUCCAUUGAGGAAAGUUGCAAAGCUAUGGGAAUUCCUCGAAUCCUGUUUCAUAAGUGUUGUCAGAGAAAUACGUCUUUUGACAGUCAAGAUAUUUCCUCUUUUGCUGUUUGUGGUUGAAGACGAACAGUAUGAUUCUGAUUUCGAUAUCAUUCUCAGAUACUUGAGUAUGACUAAAGUGUCAAAGAAGACAGCUUAUUUAUUUGAAGGAAUCAUCAUGUCUUGGGGUGAGUUGAUCAUGAUCAGUCGAUUGGAAGGCAAACUAUACAUCAUGUUAAAUCAUCUGAUUCAGUACCUGGGAGAUAACGACCAGUUCAGAUCCAAUCUUUCAUUUCACGAGCUAAGAAUUGUUGCUUCCACAAAGAAGAUGACGGCUUGGAAACUUGUUGAGCCUUUCAUUCCACUUAUAAGUUACGAGCUAAUCCAGAAGCGAAACUCACAUCCGAAUAUGCUGAGGAUAUUCUGCGAUUGCAUCAAAAUGGACACGGACGUGUUCUUGAACAGAGUCAUGGAAUUCACGGUUCCGUUGUUCAUCCAAUCUUUCACGGAAGACCAUAUCGGUUUCAUUGCAUCUCAAGUUGGAAAAACAAGAACUCAAUUGGUCACCGGAUAUAUUGAGAAGAUACUUGCUAUUCUGCUUACCGCAGACGAGACAAUCGAUGCGACAAAGAUCAUGAAGAUAGUCACUGUUUCAAAUCCAAAAUACAAAGGUGUAAAUCUGAAAACUCUGAUCAGUGAAUCUCGAGUGAUGGACCUGGUUUGGGAAAUCUUGUGCUUGUAUAAUUCAGAUCACAUGAAGGAAAAGAUUCGGAAAGCAAUAAUUUAUAGUUGCAUGGCCCGACAUAUCGGAAGCUUUCCUGUGCGAGAUGAAGACGAGAUUCUCAACAGAGAGAUGGAUUUGAUGAUUCUUGGAAUUGCCCAGUCCUUCUCAGCUACAAUCUAUGACCAUCGUGGUAGCCGACCUUAUCUGGUUAAAAUACAGGCUAUUAGGGCUAUCAGGUGUAUCACGGAGAUCUCUACCAGUUUCCAAACGUGCUUAUCGCAGAUUAUGACCUGUUUGCAGAUCGCGUUGGAAUCUCCAGAACUCCAAAUGGAAAGUUUAGAGUGCCUUCAUGUUUUAGUGUCCAAUCUUGGUUAUUCUCCUCUUUCCAUCAUCGUUGAUCUUCUGAUCUCAUACUUGAUCCAAAAAUAUCGCUCGUUCAGCAAGAAGUCAAAAGAGAUCGCAAAGAACAUACUGGUGACUAUCUUUGAGAAAGAUCCAAAGAUCAUGAAGGACCACCCAUCCUACGUUUACUCAUUGUCUUUGAUCAGCGAUUUCGACAACAUUACAAACAGAUACGAUAUCAAAAAUCACAAUAUUCUUGUUGAGUUUGACAGAAGAUUCCACGCAGACAACAAGUGGGUGGUGCUUCAAGUUCUUGACGAUUUCAAGUCGUUCUUGGAUUCUCAUCAAUUGGAAAUUCACAAGACUUAUUUGAAUGAUAGUCGCCUGCUACCAUUAUUUUCGUCACUUUUAGCUCAAAUAAUGUCCGUUUCAAACAAGUUUUCCGUGACAAAUACCGAAAUUCCUCGCAAGUGUGCCGAGGUUCUUGCGUGCUUAGGAGCGUUGGAUCUGACAAAAGUUGGAUAUUACUUUCAUAGAGGUCACAAGAGGAUAAUUUUGGUCUCGAAUUUGGUGAACAGCAAAGAGACUGCCGAUUUUUCUGUUUACUUUUUGAACAACAUACUCGUGAAAGCCUUCGUUGCCUCUACUGAUCCACAGAAACAACUGUUUUUAGCAUACUCCAUGCAGGAGUACUUGAAAAUACUGGAUUUCACUCCUGAGAAUAUUAACGACAGAGAAUCCUCGGAAAGUCUAAUUUGGGCAAAGCUAACAAACUUAUCCCAAACAGUGUUGAGGCCACUUUUAGUUUCGCGUUACAUGAAGAACACCUACGGAUACACCGCUCUGACUUAUCCAUGCUACAAGAAUACCAAAAAACACUCUUUCUGGAUACGAGAAUUCACGGAGGACUUGCUCCAUCGAUCUGAGGAUGUGCGAAAGUUACCAAAAACUGCUAAGGCUAUUUUCGCAACAUGUUCUAUUGUGAUCAAGGACCAGGAUUUGUCAAUUGCAGAGUUUUUGCUUCCAUACGUCACUUUAAUGAUGAUCGCUUAUGGUGACGAAGGAAUCAGAUCAGAUAUUGAGGUUGAAAUCAAGGCGAUCUUGAACGAGGAUUUUGAGUCACUUUCGAACGAUUCUGUUAUAGAGAGUCUCCGGUCUUGUUACAGAACCGUGUUUUCGAUUAUAGACUAUUUCCGCGAGUGGGUGUCUGAGAGAAAAAGGGACAAAAAGUACUUACAAGGCAGUUUUCUCGAGGAGAGAAAGAAGGUUGAAGACUUUUUAUCGUUGCUACCAUCAGAGCUUCUUGCUAAACGCACGGCUCAAUGCAAUUCUUACGAGCGUGCCAUUUUCAACCUUGAACAGAGUUAUGCCCACGACAAGAUGGAUAAAGACGAGUUCUUCUCUACAAUCAGACACAUGUACGCUGAAAUCAACGAUACUGAUGCUUUGCAAGGUGUGUUGAAGAAGUUUUCGACAGAAAGUCUUCACGAUAAACUUCUGCAAUUCCAGUAUUCUGAAGACUGGAGAGUCACCCAGGAGUCUCUUGCUGCAUUAACGGAGCUGGACUACAAAGAAGACAACGAGCAAAAACUUAAUUCUGUCACUUCUUUGUUGAGAUGUCUUGACGAACAUUGCGAGUAUGAUCAAGUGCUCUCGAAAUUGCGCGAACUGGAGUCGUCCUUACCGGAAUUUGAACCUACCAAAGAUUGGGUGGUUUGCGGUCUUCAGGCUUCCAUUUUUAGUGGUCAACUAGAAGAAUUGAAACGCUGGGUAAGAAUGUCGGAGAAAUAUCCUUCCAUCACUUCGCCAGGGUCCCAACUUUCAAUUUACUACGAAUUUGCUCAAGGUCUCAUUACGCUGAAUCUCAACGACCUAGAAACGUGCGAAAAGCACAUUUCCAAUGCCAUCAAGUACGUCGGAACUUUCCUAUCUGUUUCGAGAGAGAUAUCGCCAUCAAAGAUCUCAAACUACAUGGUCAUGCUUCACUGUUUGUAUGACUUCAGAGCUCUGUCUUCGCUACCAAGUGCUAAGAAACUCCAAUCGUGCUUAGACUUACUGCAAAUUCGUGCCAGAAACUCCACCAAGGAUUUCAAGAUCAAUUGGAAGAUCCACUCGCUCAGCAAAUCUAUCGAAAAACUCCAUCCGCUGAGCGAAGUUCGUGAUCAUGUGGGAGACUCGAUGGUGCAAGGCUCACGGUUUUUGCGCGAAGCUGGAAAAUACGAUCUUGCUACCAAAAGUAUUACCAACGCCUUAUUUAUUGGGACCUCAUCGGAGUUGCAAGUGAAUCUUGAAUUUGCAAAAUUGUUAUGGGCUCAAGGAGACCAUAGUCAAGCAUUGAAGAUUCUGAAGAGCUUGCUCGGAGCGUCCGAAGUUCGCAAAUCACCCGAAAUUCAGCUCACAUACACUGAAUGGCUGGAACAGUCUGCAAACGGAAGUUCUGACGAAAUUAUCAAGGGAUAUGAAGCAGCUGCAGCAGUUGACAGUAUUAGCGGAAAGCCUCAGUACUUCUUGGGUCGUUAUUACAACAAACUAUUGGACGCAAGAGCUGUGGAAACGCCUGGUCUCAAAAAGCCAGAACGCGAUUUUUACGGGGACCUGGAGUUUAACAUCAUCAAGGCCUACAUUAGAUCUGCCGCUUUCUCAAACGACUUUGUGUUUGAGGUUCUGCCCAAAGCAGUUACAAUUUGGUUAAAUUAUUCUGCCAAGUACCAAAACGCAUCAGACCUCACUGGCUAUUCGUAUGAGACCAUCCACUCGAAAAGACGUGACAAUUAUUCAAGCAUUUUAAAGUUUGUUAAGGUGGCUGCCUCCAAGAACGAGCUACCUAUCUACAAAUGGUACACUGUGCUUUCCCAGCUUUUGUCCAGAAUGGUUCAUGGAGACUCCGAAACAGAAGUGGUGAUUCUGAAUGUGAUCACCCAACUUGCCAAAGCGUAUCCGGAGGUGGUACUCUACUCUGUGUAUGCUCAAGUUCAGUCCACCUCGCCAGAGAGAGCCAAGAGAGGAAAACAGAUUUGUGAGACUUUGCAAAACAACAAGAAGACUCCGUUAUCCAAGCAAGUGUACUCUGCUUUCCAGCUACUUGAGGCACUGAAAGGAGUUUGCCAGGCCGAUAUCAGUCGUCAGAAACGAACAAAGAUUCAUCUGUAUACGGAGCUGCGGUUUUCGUACCCCGAAGAUCAGGAGUGCCGAGCCUUAGCAAUCCCUGUGCGAGUGAACUUCCAAAAGCUGCUAGCUACCGGUGUCAACCACAAUACGCUGCGAAAGUCCAAUAACUACCAAGUUGACAAGUUUAUUUCGUUCAGAAACUUUGAUUCCAAGGUCAGUAUCCUGUCUUCUAUGCAGCGUCCGCGGAGAUUGUACAUCACAGGCACAGACGGUCGCCGAUACAGUAUCUUGUGCAAGCCGCAUGACGACUUGAGAAAGGACGCCAAGUUGAUGGAAUUCACCACUGUCAUGGACAGACUGUUGAAGCUGGAUUCGGAAGCAGACAAACGGAACCUGACCAUCAAUAACUACGCCGUUGUUCCUCUGAACGAGACGAUGGGGCUGAUUGAGUGGGUGGACAACGUGAAAACUAUGAGAGAUAUCAUGUUGUCGUACCUGCAACGGCAAGGAAUUGUGAUGGACUUUGGCAAGAUCAAGCAGCUGCUGAACGAGGAGCUUUCUGUGACAGAAAAGAUCCACAACUUCCAGAAACUCACCAAGAUGUACCAGCCGGUGUUGCAAGUUUGGUUCCAGGACCAGUUCCCGAACCCUGUGAAUUGGUACCAGUGCCGAAACGACUACACUAAAACGUGUGCUGUGAUGUCGAUUGUUGGGUAUUUGGUUGGAAUGGGUGAUCGUCACGGAGACAACAUCAUGUUGAGCGAGCUGUCCGGACAGAUUCUCCAUGUUGACUUUGACUGUCUCUUCGACAAAGGUAAGAAACUUGCUGUUCCAGAGCGUGUUCCGUUCAGAUUGACCCAGAACAUGACUGCGGCCAUGGGGGUGACGGGAUACGAGGGAACGUUCAGAAAGACCUGCGAGGUGACCAUGAAGAUUAUACGGCAGAACGAGAACAGUCUGAUGAACGUUCUGGAAACGUUUCUUUACGAUCCGAUCAUGGACUGGAAGGUGAAGCAGAAGAAACGCCGUUCUACAGAGGAAGCUGACUCGAAAGGUUUGCAACCACAAGUGGCAAUGGAUACCAUCAGACGGAAGAUCAAGGGAAUUUUGGAUCCAAAGGAUCUAGAUACGGGAGCCAAAGACAGCGGCGGACUGCCUGUCUCUGUUGUGGCCCAUGUGGAUGCGGUGAUCCAACAAGCUACCGCAGUGGAAAACCUGGCACAAAUGAUUGAAGUCGGACUCCUGCUCGUCCUCCUCGCUGUCUCCAUCAGAGUCGCCGCUACCGGUCAGGAAGGUCCAGCCCCCGUCCACAAAGAACUGGUAUGGAUCAGCCUGGAUGGUCUUCAUGAUGGUGGUCCAGUUCAGAUUCACCGUACCUUCACUGUACGGAAUAUCCACGUCUGUCAGCCAUGCCUUCACGUCUUCCAGCAAUUCCAUAGGAAUGGUGGAUAUGUGCACAACAGGCUUGCUAAAGUCCUUGAACACAAACACAAGAUCGAAGUUCUUGAGACCAAACUGGACUCUUUCCAAGUGCGCGACCUCGAUCUCCUCCAAAGUGAUCACCAAGAAUGGCAGAUCAAUCAGCUGCACCAGACAGUCUCUCGUUGGAAGACAAACCACAGCAGACCGCGAAGGAACACCUUGGAACCCAAGCUCUCUGAAUGGAACAUCAAGAUCCACAAGCCCGUUAGAAGCAUCUGCAAUCUGCUCGCCAAAACUCUUGAACUCCUUGUCAAGAGCAGCUUUUCUUCUUCUCUCCUCCUGUUCCUGCUCCAACUCGUCCUCAUCGCCAUACCUGUACUUUCUCUUUCUGUUUCCGGUCUCGUCAACGGUGAUAUCAGAAGCCUCUCUGAAAAAUUGAACAUCGUAGGUCUUCUUCUUACCAAUCAUGAUUGGCGUCUUCAAGUGGCAGUGAAUGAUCACAAUCAACUCUCCCUUACAAGACUGAAAGAACAGAUGCUUGAUGUUGGAAAACAAAAUGUCCACUCUCUGGUCGCUUCUACCCAAAGACUGGUAUCUGAUACCAUUUUGGUGAAUAGCAACGCUUCCCGAAAGUCUCUUGGUUUCUGGGGUUGGUCUCACAAAAACAUUAUCCAUUCUCUUUGGACGGUUCACUUCCACCAGCGAAGCCUGUGUGACAACAUCUGCUUGUUCUCUCUUCUCUGCCUCUCUCUUGACGGCCUCCUUUUUCAUCUCGGUGAUCUUCUUCAGCACCUCGGUCAUUCUUUCUCCGUCCUUCGAACGGAACGUCAAACUUCUGAUGAAUUGCUUGUCGUCACCAAGCUCGUAAGGAAGUUCCUCCUUCUUGGUCACGGCGAUACCUGGAGAGUUGAAGUUCAGCUUCAAGUGGGUGUAUUCUCCUUCAUCACUCUUCAGCCCGUUCUUGAAAGCGUUGAUGUGGAAUGGAACAGGUCUUCCACAAAUCGGAAGGAUAAUGGUCUGGUUCUUGGAAUCAAUGUGUAUCUUGAGAUCUCUCACAUUGCUAGGGAUCUGCGACUCGCGAACAUAAGACUCGUAUCUCUUGAAAACGGCACGCUUGUCAGAACCGUCUUGCGCGUCCUCCGGGUUGAAUCUGUCGAGACCUUCCUUUUGUCUUUUGGCAUGGAGUUCCUUUUGAAUUUCCUGUUGGAUCUGAGUCUGGUCUUCGUCGGAUGUCUUCUGCUCCGAUCUCAUCUUGGCCUUGAGAACACGGGUAUUGACUCCUCCGUUGCUCACCUUCAAGUCGGCCUUGUCAGGCUUCUCAGCCUUCACCUUGAUAUCGUCCAACUCUUUCUUGACUUGAGUAGCUUCGUCAUCGUCGAAGUAGAACGCAAUGUCCUUUCUCACCUUUGGAGAAUCUGUCAGCACAAUCAAGUCUCCACCAGUGACACGGACGGUGUCUGCCAACAUCAAGGCACCCAAAGAGGCCAGGAUCACGGAACCACCAAGAUUGUCAUCGGUCGACUCAACAGAGAACUUGAGUUCGUACUUACCGUUACUUUGAACGAUAGGCUUGUAACACCAGUCGAGGUUAUUGAGAUCGAAAUCCGAGCCGAGCUUCUUCAUUCCUUUUUCGGUUUCCAUGCUCUUGAAGAACUUGCCGUCAUCGAUCUUGUUCUCUAUCUGAUCCACCAACUUGGCGUUGGAAACAGUCAGCUCCUCAUCGAUGAUUUUGCUCAUUUUGUCGGUGAAACACCAGUUGCACAGUCCACCAGGUCGAAUUCUGAUUUGGAUGCAUCCCAAACGGCGUUCCAUUCGUCAAUGAACUUACCGGCAUACUUGUCUUUGGAUAAGAUACCCAGUUUUUUGCCACUUUCUUUCAGUUCUUGGAUGAAUUGCUCAAACAGCUUUUUAUUAUGCUCUGUAUCCUUGGUUCUUGCGAGAAUCGAAAGGUUGGUAUUCGAGCUUUUGAGAGGUUCCAAGUAUUUGGCUUUACCGACAGAGGUUAGAACAAUCACUUUCUUACUGGUGAUGUAG